AGGAUGGCAGCCUCCCAUAAUGGAUCGAAUAUUACCUCAAACUAUACGAACCAGUUUGUGCAGCCGCCAUGGCGAGUUGCACUCUGGUCCGUCGCUUACAGCUCGGUGCUGGCCGUAGCCGUGUUCGGCAACCUCAUCGUAAUUUGGAUCAUUUUGGCUCACAAGCGCAUGAGGACGGUGACUAACUACUUUCUGCUUAACUUGGCUUUCUCCGACGCUUCGAUGGCUGCCUUCAACACUUUGAUCAACUUCAUCUACGCGACUCACGGAGAGUGGUACUUUGGGGAGGCUUACUGCAAAUUCCAUAACUUCUUCCCGGUCACGUCCGUGUUCGCCAGCAUUUAUUCCAUGACUGCAAUUGCCGUGGACAGGUAUAUGGCCAUCAUCCACCCACUGAAACCUCGUCUGUCAGCCAAAGCCACUAUGGGGGUGAUUGCCUGCAUCUGGAGUCUGGCCGUGUUUCUAGCCUUUCCCCUCUGCUACUUCUCCACAAUUCGGGUUAUGCCUCGCAGGACCUUAUGCUAUGUGGCAUGGCCGCGCAUGGAAGACGACCCCGUCAUGUACCACAUCAUUGUGACCGUGCUGGUCUAUGUGCUGCCAUUGGUGGUAAUGGGCAUCACAUACUCCAUCGUGGGAGUCACUCUGUGGGGAGGGGAGAUCCCUGGAGAUUCGUCUGACAAUUAUCAUGGACAACUUCGAGCUAAAAGGAAGGUGGUGAAGAUGAUGAUCAUUGUCCUGGUGACCUUUGCCCUUUGCUGGCUGCCCUACCAUAUCUACUUUAUUGUGAUUGGACUUAAAAAGCAACUGAGCAGGUGGAAGUCUAUUCAGCAAGUUUACCUGUCAGUGCUGUGGUUGGCCAUGAGCUCCACCAUGUACAAUCCCAUUAUCUACUGUUGCUUGAACAGCAGGUUUCGAGCUGGCUUCAAGAGAGCUUUUCGCUGGUGCCCUUUCAUCAAGGUGUCUAGCUACGACGAACUGGAACUUCGCUCGACCAGGCAACACCCAACCCGUCAAAGCAGCAUGUACACGCUCUCAAGAAUGGACACCACCAUGGUUGUGGUUUAUGACCAAGCUGAUGGUGAUGGCAACAGCUCUGGAAGGAAGUGGUCCCUUUCCUCCAGGAAGAGAAGCUACAUCACUUCUCGCCACACACUGUCCUCUAGCAGCACUGGAAGCAUAAAAACUCAAAACGGCAACAUCCCCAUUGCUCAAGCUGAGCAAUUCUCUUGA